GCGUGAGACCGGGCAGGCGGAGUCAGGGCGGAGAGACGAUGCGUGUUAUGUAGAUGUUAGAGACCAAAACAUCGAAAUUUGAGUUGUUUCGGUGGAGAUUAAAGUCUGUCAGCGUGCUGGGAGAACAUUCACACCCCCACCCACCCGGGACAAACACGGUAAACUACCAGCUGAACGGCCGCUGCGUGGAAAAUGUCUGUGGGCUCCGGGAACAGAAACACGAACACGGAACCGUGGGGAAGCUUCGAUGACAACCUCAUCCAGGGCGGCGGCUCGGCCGUCAUCGACAUGGAGAACAUGGACGACACGUCGGGCUCCAGCUUCGAGGACAUGGGAGAGAUGCACCAAAGGAUGAAGGAGGAGGAAGAGGUGGCUGCCGAGGCCGCCGCCACUGAGGACGACAACGCAGAGGACGGAGAAUUUCUGGGCAUGAAGGGGUUAAAGGGCCAGCUGGGUCGACAGGUGGCCGAUGAGGUGUGGCAGGCGGGGAAGCGUCAGGCCUCCAGAGCCUUCAACCUGUACGCCAACAUCGACAUCCUGAGGCCGUACUUUGACGUGGAGCCGGUGCAGGUCCGCAGCAGGCUGAUUGAGUCCAUGAUACCUGUCCGCAUGAUCAACUUCCCCCAGAAGAUAGCAGGUGAGCUGUACGGUCCUCUGAUGCUGGUCUUCACUCUGGUGGCGAUUCUGCUACACGGCAUGAAGACGUCAGGAACCGUCAUCAGGGAGGGGACUCUGAUGGGAACAGCUAUAGGAACAUGUUUUGGUUACUGGCUCGGUGUUUCCUCCUUCGUCUACUUCCUGGCGUACCUGGUCAACGCUCAGAUCACCAUGCUGCAGAUGCUCUCCCUGCUGGGUUACGGUCUGUUUGGUCACUGUGUCGUCCUCCUCAUCACCUACAACAUCCACUUCCACUUCCUGUUCUACGUCCUGUGGCUGCUACUCGGAGGACUGUCCACUCUGCGCAUGGUUGCGGCUCUGCUGUCUCGGACGGUCGGUAAGACUCCUCGUCUCCUCCUCUGUGGGACAGUGUCUCUCCUCCACAUGCUCUUCCUGCUCUACCUCCACUUCGCCUACCACAAGAUCGUAGAAGGACUGCUGGACUCUCUGGAAGGACCCAACAUGGCUCCCAUGCAGCGGGUGGCCAGAGACGUGCCUGAAGUGAGGCUGAACGCCACACUGAGGGGCCUGAGGGCCCGCUGAGGGCCCCGCAUACAGAAACAUCUCUUCCUGUCAGAAGCUUCGUGUUAAAGUUGAUUCAUUUUCUUGCUUUUGUCCAUGUUUGAACAUUUUUACUCAGUCUGUGCUGUUUAGUUUCAUGUUUUGAUUUUAUGUUCAUGUUCAGACUAUUUAUAGUUUCUGUACAGAGACUCAAAUAAACUUUAUUAACUCAG